GGUCUCAACACAAAUGCUUGACACACAGAAGAGAGAACAACAUUUAAGCAUGGAGAAGCUUGGUUCCAUCUCAAACCCGUGAAGCAUGGAGAAAGCCAUGCCUGGUCUGAUGCUGGGUUUCCUGACCAAUCACACAACUCCAAAUGACACGGCCGGCCAGCGGAGCACAAGCAAGCCUACCCCUCCCAGCAUGGAGGAGGUCAUCCACUCAGAAUCCCAGAUUAAGGAUCUUGUUGGGCUGUUUUGCAUGGUGACCCUUAACCUGGCAGCCCUACUGGGCAACAGCGGAGUCAUGGUGGCCAUUGCCCGAGCUCCUCACAUGAAAAAAUAUGUGUUUGUGUGUCAUCUUUGUGCAGUUGACCUGCUUUGUGCUAUAUUGCUGAUGCCUCUCGGGAUAGUAUCUAGUUCUCCGUUCUUCAGCACUGUAGCAUUUACUGUUCUGGAGUGCCAAGUAUACAUCUUUCUAAAUGUGUUUCUCAUCUGUGCCUCUAUUCUUACUGUGACAGCGAUCAGUAUUGAACGCUAUUACUACAUUGUCCAUCCUAUGCGAUAUGAGGUAAAGAUGACUCUAAACCUGGCGCUUGGUGUUAUGGUCUUCAUUUGGGUCAAAUCCAUCCUGCUGGCAUUGGUUACGCUUCUUGGUUGGCCAGCGUAUGGAAAUCAGAGCUCCAUUGCAGCGGCCCACUGCUCUUUACACUGGAGCCACAGCCGUCUCAGGAAGGUUUUUGCUAUUCUCUUCAGCGUGCUUUGCUUCUUGGUUCCCUCUGUUGUGAUUUUUGCCGUAUAUUGCAAUGUAUACAAGGUCGCACGAACGGCAGCCCGUCAGCACGCACCGAUGCCCACCUGGACAGCCAACCAGCCUAAGCGUCGCUCGGAUUCCAUUAACAGUCAGACCACUAUCAUCACCACCACUCGCAGCCUCCCCCAGAGAUUGUCUCCUGAGCGAGUUUUUGGGGGAGGAAAGGCUGCUAUCACCCUGGUUGUCAUUGUAGGCCAGUUUCUUAUCUGCUGGCUCCCGUACUUCAGUUUCCACCUUCACAUGUCCAUCACCACUCCACUUCAAAGCCCAGGGGACAUCGAAGAAGCCGUCACAUGGCUAGCAUACUCCUCGUUUGCUGUGAAUCCAUUCUUCUAUGGUCUUCUAAACCGACAGAUCCGUGAGGAACUGAUAAAACUGAGAAAAUGUUGUGCCCGUAGACCCGUUGAACUUCGAGCCUCCAGUCACGAAGGUUCCAUCCAGGAAAACUUUCUUCAGUUUCUGCAGAGGACCAGCAGCACAGCUGAGACCACCAGGCCCAAUUGUGGCAAUUCCAGUCCGAGGAAUUCUGUGGACCAGGGUGCCAGGUUACCUGGCCAGAUUCCUGAGGAAUGACUAGGAAAACAUGUCAGUAACGGCUCAGAUGCCACUAGCCAAAUCAAGCCUUAUGAAGUUUUGUUUUUAAUAAGAAGGGCAUUCAUUCAAUGUUAAAUCCAUGCAAAAUCAGAUCUAAAUGCUCUUUGGACCAGUGUAAUCUAUGUAUCCAUAAUUUGUUGUUAUGGUCCCCAUAGAUCAGUGGCAACAAUAAGUAUUUAUGAUAAGGUUAAAUAUCAAAUUUCACAACUUUUGUUGCAUAUUCAUUUAUAUCUGAUAAAUUGUUUAGUUAACUGAGAAUUACUCUCAGUCAUUAUUCAUUCGUUUCAUAAUAUCAACACUCAUACUCAAUAAUUACUAUUAAGUCUUGAC